AUGCCUGAAAUCACCGACGAUACCCCAGUACACCUUGCUGAGGUCGAUGUCGACCUUGAUGUGCAAGAGAUUCUCCUUGCCUCAUCACAGCACGACAUCACCAAGCUGCGCCGUCUACUUCGUACCCAAUCUUCUUUGCCAGACGCAGCAAACGUAAAAGAUACCGAAUCCGGCUUCUCGCCUCUACACGCCGCAAUCGCCGCCUGCGAACCCGACACAGAGACCAAGGAGACACAGAAUGGCACAAACGGCGCAGUACCAUCAGACUCAAACCCAAAGGAAUUGGACACCGAAACUCUACAAUCAGCAGUAGAGACAGUCAAGUUCCUUCUGCAGGAGGGCGCCAUUUGGAAUGACCUUGACGUGAACAACGAAACGCCCGGAUGUCUCGCUCGCCGCAUUGGCGCCCUUGAGCUGUACGAUUUGAUGGUGGACGCGGGUGUGCGCGCAGAGCUAUUGCUGAACCGUUUGGACGCCUACGAAGAGCUAUCCGAUAGUGACUCCGAGGAAGAGGAUAAGGAGGGCGAAACCGCAACCGCAACCGCAACUGAAACUGACCCCGAAACCGCACCCGAACUCGUCGAUGCAUCCGCUGAAAUCGCAGCAGCACCCUCGGCCACACCCGCCAACCCGGAAGUAAGCAACCCGCAGUACCUGGAGUCGCAUCUAAAUAUCCAGAACGACCGAAUUCUCGAUGCAGACCAGAACGGCGUGAUGAUGGCAUGGGAAAGCGAUAUCAUGCGCAAGUCUGCGAAAGCACUUCUUCCCACGCCGGGUCUGAGGGUGCUGAACAUCGGGCACGGAAUGGGUAUUGUGGACGGUUUUUUCCAGGAGCAGCAGCCGGCGGCUCACCACAUUAUCGAAGCUCACGAUGACGUCGUUGCAGAAAUGAAGCGACGUGGAUGGGACAGCAAGCCUGGCGUUGUAAUUCACCAGGGACGUUGGCAGGAUGUUCUCCCUGGUCUUGUGGCUGAGGGAGUCAUGUUCGAUGCUAUCUACCACGACACAUUUGCUGAAUCCUAUGGCGAUUUCCGCGAGUUCUUCUCUGAACAGGUUAUUGGCUUGUUGGAGCAGGAGGGUCGUUGGGGGUUCUUCAAUGGUAUGGGUGCUGAUCGCCAAAUCUCCUAUGAUGUCUACCAGAAAGUUGCGGAGAUGGAUCUCUUUGAGGCUGGAUUUGACGUGCAGUGGGAGGAAAUCGCUGUGCCCAAGCUGGAGGGCGAAUGGGAGGGCGUGCGUCGGGCCUAUUGGGUUGUGGAUGAUUACAGAUUGCCGUUAUGCAAAUUCAUGGAUUAA